ACACAGAAAGACAGAAAAAACAAAGAGAGAAAGAGAAAUUCCUGUUGUUUCUCUUCCUCUCUUCCCCCCUUUUUUUCAUUUCUUCAUUUUCAAUCUUUUGGUUGAUUAAUUUUUGCUGGUGAUUCAGGAUAUAAACUGUGUUUCUGGUUGAACUUUUGGAGCUGCAAGAUAGAUAUUUCAAGGUCUGCAGAAGAAAAUCUCUGCAGUUUAUCGUUUUUUGAUAAAGAAAACUUCUGAGGUAUCCCUGUGAGAAGGUGCCCUUGAUCUGAAGCAUGUUCUGCUGCGGCGGUGCAGAAGAAGAGAUCCCUGGUGGUCCACCUGCAAAUAAUAUCGCCGCGCCUCCUAGAGGGGGAAAUACAUUAGGUGCUGGAGGUAGUAAUAGAGGGGAACCAAGGGGUUCUGGAAUCACUAGAACCGGAGGUGAUCAGAAAGUUUUGCCUAUUGAAAUACCAGCUCUGUCAUUGGAUGAGCUGAAUAAGAUAACCGGCAACUUUGGGACAAAAGCUUUAAUUGGAGAAGGUUCCUAUGGACGGGUUUUCUGUGGAAAGCUGAGCAAUGGAACAACUGCUGCAAUUAAGAAGCUUGAUACUAGUUCUGAAGAUUCAGACUCGGACUUUGCAGCCCAGCUGUCAAGGGUGUCCAGACUCAAGAAUGAUCAUUUUACGGAGAUGAUUGGCUAUUGCUUAGAGGCCAACAAUAGGAUACUGGUAUACCAGUAUGCAACAAUGGGAUCCCUACAUGAUAUAUUACAUGGAAGGAAGGGUGUACAAGGGGCAGAACCUGGUCCAGUUCUUAGUUGGAACCAAAGAGUUAAAAUUGCUUAUGGUGCAGCAAGAGGCCUGGAGUUUCUACAUGAAAAGGUUCAGCCUCCAAUUGUUCAUCGUGAUGUCAGAUCCAGCAACGUCCUUCUGUUUGAUGAUUUUGUAGCCAAAAUUGCCGAUUUCAGUUUAACAAAUCAGUCAUCUGAUACAGCUGCUCGGCUGCAUUCAACUAGAGUACUGGGAACAUUCGGCUAUCAUGCUCCAGAGUAUGCAAUGACAGGGCAGAUAACUCACAAAAGUGAUGUUUACAGUUUCGGAGUGGUUCUUCUUGAGCUUUUAACAGGAAGAAAGCCAGUGGAUCACACAAUGCCUAAAGGACAACAGAGUCUUGUUACUUGGGCAACUCCGAGAUUGAGCGAAGACAAAGUAAAGCAAUGCGUGGACCCAAAGCUAGAAAAUGAUUACCCACCAAAGGCCAUUGCUAAGAUGGCAGCAGUGGCAGCACUUUGUGUCCAAUAUGAAGCAGACUUCAGACCAAAUAUGACGAUUGUUGUCAAGGCUUUACAACCUCUUCUGAAUUCAAAGCCAGCAGGUCCAGAAUCUCAAGCAUAAAAGUGUAUACUACCAAUAUUUGUCUCAUUUACACAAGUUUCUAACCCGAAACUCACUACGAACUACAUUUGUAACAAAGUCUUGAGUAGUUACACUACUGCAUCCCAGAAUACUUCAUUCUGUUGCAACAACAUUUUUGCAUUAGCUCGGAGAACUUUUGAAAACACUUAAUAUACUGAACUCCUGUUUUUCACAUU